AUGGCCCCACCCACCACAAAGGCCGCCGGCAAGAAGCCCGCGGGCAAGACGCAGCGCAGCGCCAUUCAGGACGUUGUCGCGCGCGAAUACACGAUCCAUCUCCACAAGCGGGUUCAUGGCGUGAGCUUCAAGAAGAGGGCCCCGAGGGCGAUCAAGGAGAUCAAGGCGUUUGCGGAGAGCUCGAUGGGCACCAAAGACGUCCGCCUCGACCCGCAGCUCAACAAGAAGGUGUGGGAGGCUGGCAUCAAGGGCGUGCCGUACCGCCUGCGCGUGCGCAUCUCGCGCAAGCGCAACGACGAGGAGGGCGCCAAGGAGAAGCUGUACAGCUACGUGCAGGCGGUCAAUGUCAAGAGCGCCAAGCACAUGCAGACGACUGUUGUUGAGGAUGCGUAG